GUAAGUUUUGUUCACUCUUCUCGAAAAUUGUACGCGUGAAAGCGAAACAGACUUGAUUAUAACAUUUAGAUUGAUCAAUUUAAAAUGCGAUAUCAAUAUAUGGCGAAUCGUAAUACCUAUUCUCUCAAGUUUAAAGUACUUUCUUUCUCGAUCGUCGAUUCGAGUAGAGAAAAGCAUAGGCGGGAACAAUUGUCGUUUCAGAGUUCGAUCAAACGUCUCUGGCUUACAUAUGGUCCCGAGCUUUUUCUCAACAAGGCAUCUUGACCAUGAUCGCGAGCUUUUCCGAAUUAUUACACGAGAGAAAAUUUCAAGAUCACACAACACGUCCACUGUGCGUCGUUAUUCUUACUACGAAGGAGAACAUGAUUGAAUUUUCGACCAUCACCAGAUACAUCGAUAUUUCUUUUUUCGUCUGGUUGGUGAUGUUUCUACCUUAUCAAGAAAAUUCUAUGCGAAAUUUUUGCCAAAAUCCUAUUGGAAAUCCGUUCAAUCUGAUCUUUAACACGGAGAUGUUGGUCCUCUGUUACGAUCACCCGAUUUUGAGAGAGUGGUAUGCUUUACGCGACAAUAAAACGAGAGUUUUCGAUUUGGCCACAUGGAAAUCUGGACAAGGAUUGAACGUAACGACGAGAAGCACUUUGUACGCAAGAAGAAACAAUUUAUUCGGACAAACGAUGCGAAUAUCGAUCGUCAACGAAUCUUUGUUCAUCGAGAUGAAGAAUGGUGUUUUGUCGCUUUUUUGGGGGGCAGUGGUCAAAGAAUUGAGCAAAUCGAUGAAUUUCAAGAUCGAAGUGACCAGCAUAAUGUCGGAGUACGGUAGUUGGAACGAGGAGGAAAAGAUUUGGGAAGGUGUUAUAGGUGAAUUAGUAUCGAACAAAAGCGACAUGGGCGUCGCAGAAUUCAGCAUGACCAGCCACAGGUUGGACGCGGUCGACUUUAGUUUGCCGUUAAUUAUGUCGCACAAGAGAAUAUAUUUUAAAAAACCCGACAGCUCAUCUGUACACUGGUCCGCCUACUUGAAGACGUUCAACAUAGACAUUUGGAUGGUGAUAGUGUGUCUAAUCGUAUCCGUUCCGAUAUUUUUAACCGUUAUUAAAACGAGGGGUCGUGUCAAAAUGAACGUUCUAACGGAUAAUUACAUGUAUGUUUGGGGUAUUUAUUGUCAACAAGGAUUGUCAGAAUUUCCAAGCGAGACCUCAAUGAGAUUGGGCUUCCUAUCGAUUUUCGUGUCGUCAUUGAUCAUUUUAUCCGCUUACUCCGCUUCGUUAACCAGUUUCUUAACAGUUUCUACGGUUAGCUUACCUUUCUCCACCAUGGAGGAAUUCGUCAAUCAUGGAUCGUACGGAUUAAUCACGUUCAGGAACAGUGCUGAUUACGAGAUUAUAACUUCCAACAAUCGCAGCAUAACUUUAAAGCUGAAGAAAUUAAUAAAGGAGAAACACGAAUUGCCUUUGACGGCUCAGGAUGGAUUCGUACAGGUUUGCAACGAAAAAGUAGGAUUCUACUUGACCAAAGCGAUAAUGAAUGCUAUGACAACAAUACCGUGUAAAACUGUAUACAUCAAAGCAUCAGGGAUCGAUAAUUUGGCUUUUAUCUUGACUAAACGAAGUCCCUACACUGGAUUGGUUAAUUACUUCAUACAACGAUACAAAGACAAUGGAGUAAUGAACAAGUUAAAACGCAUGCACUUCGUGAAAAAGAAAUUUUACGAUACCGGAUACAAUAGUGUUACUUUGAGCGGAAUUGCGCCUAUUCUAUCUGUUCUGGCCGGUGGAAUACUUUUUAGCUGUGUUAUAUUGAUUUUCGAGAAGGUAUACCAUCAAUUUUGCAGCUGUGAAUCCAAGAAAACGUAUCAAUUCGUAUUUUGGCAGAAAUUUUUUGAUCGAGAACUCGGGAUGAAUUCUCGGAAAGAAAGAAGGCGAGAUCAAAAUCUCGUAAGAAACGCGUUCAAAUUUAAGAAAAAUCAGCUAUCGGCAAUUCUUCGUAAGAAUGAUUUUCUCACAUAAUUGAUAAGAGAUAAAAUCGACUCGAUCGCGUGACUUUAAUUGAAGAUCGAAACAACGUUGAUAAAGGCUCGUUUGUUCCCUAUCAGUAGAAGAGGUCUCGUUAAUUUGUCAUAUAUUCCCAUCCAUGCGAGCAAAAUCACUUUCACUUUAUAUCACACGGUAGCAUCGAUAUAUCGUUAUAAUAAUUAGUUACAAGUUUCCAUCGUGUAUCGUUCCUCUCGCCUGCACAUUAACGGGACUCGAUGCGAAACCUUUCAAUCAUAAUUCCUUCUAAUAGCGUUAAUCACCGUAACAACUUAUAUUAAACUCAUGUAAUAUAAAACGUGUUAUAUUUUGUAAUCGUUCAAUAAUAACCAGGGAAAAUCCUCGUUUUAUCAUAAUAUCUGUAUUAUCGAUGAUCUCAACUAAUAAUAAUAUAUGCAAGUAGCGAUUAAAAACA